AUGGACACUGCAAGUGCUGAUAGAGAGUCUCCGAUCGUCGAGUUGGUAGAGAAUCUGUUGGUCAAACUUCUCCUGGCGAGAACGUUGCAAGGCAAGCACUCGAUUGCGCGAAAGGUCUUGCUGCCAAUUUUUGGGCGGUUUCCUGGUCUUGCAGCACGUCAACUUUGCACUCUCAGGUUUGAUGACAAUGCCAAAGCAACUCCAUUGGCUUGCCUCUUGAUGGCGGGUGUAACCGAUUCUGAUGUGAUUGAGAGCAUGUGUGGGCGAAUGGGCCCCACUGACCAGGAGAAAGCGUUCCAAACCGUGGGAAGACGCGGACGCUUUCCCAUUCAUGAGGCCUGCUCCCAUUCAUCAGACGCGGUCGUGCAAUAUCUACUCUCCCAAAGGGCAGCAAUAUCACCUGCAUUAUCCUGCAUGGAUGACAGCAAUAGCCUUCCCUUUGAUUUGGCUAUGCGUAAUUCCAAACUACAAUUCGCCACAAAAAAGAGAAUUCUGGAACUCUAUCCUGAGGCUGUGGGAGAUGGAGCUCCCUUUAUGUUGGCUGCACAUCACUCCGAUCUGAACAUGAUGAAGUGCCUGGUUAGCCUGUGGCCUCCCACCAAGACUCAUUUCCGUGGAAGAUAUGGUCAAAAUGAUCAAGAUGAACAACUCUGGACUCUAAAGGUUGCUCGCAUAUAUUGCCGGCUGCUCCCCAAACUCGAGUCUUUCUCGGGAGACUCCAUACUUUGGAACCGCCCAGCUUUUGAUUUCCUUUUUAAAAAGCUGAGUAACAACAGGUCCAUUGAAAAAGCUACCUGCCUCCGCCUAUCGAUGCGCCAACGACCAGAAUGCAUGGACGAUACAGAUCCGAUUGGAGGUUUACAACAAGUUCUGGAAAACAACAAGACUCUAAGGCAUCUCGAGUCCGUGCAACUCGAACGAAACCAUAUCGACGUUGCAGUGCAAUGGGUGCUCGCCAUUGAUAGGGGCGUACAAGCAAACUGCUCGCUCCAAUCUUUGUCCUUCGUCGCGCACACUUCAGGAGGGUCUAUGUCAGUCAAAACAACAAUGCAGAGGCGGCGCUGGGACGACGGUGCCUGGGUCACCCGACGCGACAUUACUGGCUCCAGUAGACUCCCCUUGCAGCUUGUUUGUGACGGGCCGGAUGUCUGCAGCACUACACAGGUCCUCGAUUCCUUACCAAGAUUGUCCAGCAUACACACCCUCCGAAUGGAGGGUCUUCCUGGAUUGGACGCUACCAGAACGGACAAAGUCGCCGCUCUUCUUCGAUCGAAUCACCAAUUCAAACACCUCGAGCUGUCCGGAUGCAAGUUCAGCAUGGCUCAAGUGAUUGAGGCCCUAGAAACCAGCACCAGACUUCAAUCAUUUGACGUGGAUACGAUGUCGGCGUUGCAACUUGUCACGGACGAAUCCAAAGACGCAUUUCUCGCCAUGCUUCAAGAACACAACACCACUCUAACUGGUUCUUGUGCUUUUGGAUUCCUUGAUCCUAGAAUACAGCACUAUCUCGACCUGAAUCGCCUGGGAAGAAUUCAGGUCCGGGGCACCGGAACGGUUCACCGCCGAAACAAGCUGGUGUCGCUCCUUGUGGCUUGCAGGGAAGAUUCGGCACUGCGAGCACAUGACAAUCGAUCCCUCAGCAUUGGCUUUGGAUUGCUUCUGGAGAACCCAGAUCUGUGGUGCCUUUCCACUCAUGCUGGAAACCCUCGAAAACGAAAGGCCGAACACUGA